GCUGCUGUUUCUUGGGUAAAAGGUUUCUGUUAUGGAUCAGGACCGAACAUUUCCGAACUGGUUCGGUUGUGAAACCAGACGCGCUCCCUGUGAGGUGGGACUGGGUCUGCUGGAGCUCAGGGUGGGAGGAGCGUCCAUAAUAAGGAUCUCCGCCGGUUUCACCUACGUGAUCCUCCGCGGAGCGCGUUAAGGACUUUACCUCCGUGGGGUGAUUAUUACUGAGCAGCGUGGAGCUGGGACGUGGAAAGUGCAAAAAAACAAACACGGAUAUUUAAUCUCCAGAAGACGCACUGAGUGUUUCUGUUCAGAGAAAGCAAGCCAUCGGCCGGUCGUCGCCGCGGUGCGCUCCAGGGACCGACGGACAAGAACGAGGUCCCUGCCUGUCUAGCAAUGUGUCCCUGUUAAAGAUGGCUGGUAGAGAGGUUUCGCCGUCAUUAUUUCCCUUCCUGUGGUUAUGAAGGCUCCCAGCAGGCAGUCAGGAAUGCCCUCCGUCUUCUUUGUAUGACAUGACUAAACCCACGUGAUCUGGUCACCAUGAUGGCCUCCAUGGUUCCCAGUGGAAGCAGAGAUGGGCAGCCUCUGGUGCUGAAGGGGGUGGACCCAGAGACGUGCAUGAUUGUUUUCAAGAACCACUGGGCCCAGGUGGUGAAGAUCCUUGAAAAGCACGACCCCCUGCGCAGCAGCUCUACGCUGGCCUCGCUGGGCGCCAUCGGCCUCGGCGCUGGAUCCAGCGGGGCGUCCCGCUUCGGCCCCACCAUCCCGGGGGACGAGGCGAGCGCGGUGCAGAACUACGUGGAGCACAUGCUGCUGCUGCUGAUGGAGGAGGAGAGCGGCCAGGCCGGAGCCAUGGGUCCCAUCCUGGAGUUCGUGGUGAUGGAGAACGUGAUGGAGCGCCUGUUCGUGUGGAGCCUGCGCCGCGAGUUCACCGACGACAUGAAGCUGGAGCAGCUGAAGAUGUACGAGAUGCUGGUGGGCCAGUCGCGCCAGCCUCUGCUCCAUCACAAGCCCGUCCUGCGGCCGCUCAUGAUGCUGCUGUCCUCCUGCUCGGGCACGGCGGCGCCGGCCGUCGAGGCGCAGCUGGUGCUGCUGCUCCACCAGCUGUGCUGCGUUCUGGCCAAGGACCCGUCCAUUUUGGAGUUGUUCUUCCACACCAGCGAGGAUCAGGGGGCCGCCAACUUCCUCAUCUUCUCCCUGCUCAUCCCCUUCAUUCACAGGGAGGGCACGGUGGGCCAGCAGGCGAGAGACGCCUUGUUGCUGAUCAUGGCGCUGUCCGCUGAGAAUGAGCGGGUGGCCAGGCACGUCGCAGAGAACACCUACUUCUGCCCGGUGCUGGCCACAGGGUUGAGUGGCCUGUACUCGUCUCUUCCCACCAAGCUGGAGGUUCCCAGCGAGGAGUGGCACUGCCUUCACAAGGAGGAGUGGCUCCGGCUGCCGUCCCUGGUCCAGUUUCUCAACUCACUGGAGUUCUGCAAUGCUGUGAUUCAGGUCGCCCACCAAGCCAUCAGAGACCAGUUGGUGGCUUACAUCUUUAAUGGUUUUCUUUUACCCGUCCUCGCACCAGCACUGCACAAGCUCACUUUAGAGGAGGUGAUGACCACUACGGCGUACCUUGACCUCUUCUUGAGGAGCGUGACCGAGCCAGCCCUGCUGCAAACCUUCCUCUCCUUCAUCCUCCUCCACCAACAUGAGGGCGUCUAUAUUUUGGACACGCUGGUCAGCCGCAUCAACACCCCCUUCCAGCUGGGAACAGUGUCCCUGGCGCUUUUUCGCACCCUGAUCAGCCUCUACUGCGAGGACGUGAUGCUGCAGCUCGUUCUGAAGUACCUGAUCCCCUGCAAUCACAUGAUGCUGAGUCAGAGACGAGUGGUGAGGGAGAGGGACUUCUACUCGGCGUCGGCAGCCAAGAUCCUGGCGCUGACGCCGUCCUGCUGCUCCCCAGAUCGCAGCCCCCCGCCCCUCCGGCAGCUGGACUCAAUCCUUUUUUCCAAGCAUGGGGAAACUGCAAAGAACUCCAGCAACACAGACGAAGGGAGCGGCUUCUCGGAAGAGGGCGACGGCUCGGGCAACUCCUGCACCAUCGGCUCAGAAAUCUACCUGGACGUCAGCUACCUGCAUUACCUCUACGACGCCCGGCUCAGCAUCAGCAGCUGCAUCCGGGCCUGCCGGGUGUGGUCGGCGCCGUACGACGGCGAGAGCCCGCCUCCGGAGAAAUACCAGCCGGGCGUCCUGGAGGAGCCGGCGGCAGACGCUCGGCAAAGCCUGAAGAGAGUCCCGCCGCUGCUGGGGCCACCGCGUCCUCGGCCCGGUCCGCCGCCCGGCAAGGAGCCGCCCUCCAUCGCCCAGCUGGAGCUGGAGUGGGACGAUAGCUUCGACGCAUGUCCGGUGCAGGCAGCCGACGCUCCUGUGGACCCCAAACCGCCUCAGCCGCCUUCCUCCGAGCCUCCGAAACACAUCCAGGAGAUGAUGAGGUCGGCCAUCAGGGUGGUAAAAGGUUCGUACAUCGAGGAAAGCGACUUCCAGGAUGACGUCCUGGUGUACGACCUGAUAGCGCAGAAGGACGCCUCAGAGGUGGAGCAGACGUCGGACGAACCCGGCGGGUCCCCGUCGGAUGAGGCGCAGCCGGGCUCGGCCGACGUCUCGCUGAAAAACGGGCUCUGCCUUACGCUUCCCACCGCCGUGACGGCGGACGGCGGCAAAAACGGCUUAAACGCAAAGGUCAAAGGGCAGACCGACUGCAACGGCAACCUCCAGAGUGCCGCCGACUCCAGUGACGAUCUUUUAUCUCAGUAUGAGGAGCUGAUCCGUACUCUGGUGGGCGAAGCCGGUGGAAAACAGGCGAAAACCGAGGGAGAGGCGAGGAAGUCUGUCACGGCAGCAACGGAAGAUGAAGAGGAGGAGGAGGAGGAAGAGGAGAUGGACUUCACUUCCUAUACAGCUGAAACUCCAGAGCCAGAGAAGCCGCAGUCUCCGUUUGGGUCCGUCCAAAGGUUUCGUAGCGGAAGCUCUAAAGGAAGCUACGCGGUGCCUUUUACAGGUCCGUUCGUCAGCGUGCUGCUGUCUCGUCUGGAGAACAUGCUCUCUAACACGCUUCAUGUCAACCUGCUGCUGACGGGGAUCCUGGCCCAGCUGGCUGCUUAUCCUCAGCCGCUGCUCCGCUCCUUCCUCCUCAACACCAACCUGGUGUUUCAGCCGACCGUCCGCUCGCUUUACCAGGUCCUCGCGACGGUGAAGAAUCAGAUCGAGGAGCUGGCCGCCUGCAGGAAGGACUUCACGGAGAAGAUUACUGUGGCACAACACUGGCUGCUGGCACGGGAGGCCUCGUUCAUCACGGCGGACAGAUCCAGCGGUGGUGGCUCUGGUCAACACGAAGCAGGAAGGAUCUUGAAGAACUCCCCGCCACCUAAACCCAAAGACAUCUCUCUGGAUCAGACGGAGGUCUUCGCCACGGUCCUCUUCUCCGAGUUCCUGAAAGAACUGGCUGCGAUCGCACAGGAGCACUCCGUCCUGUCUCACAUUCCUAUGGAAGAAUAGCCUCUGGGACGAAGUCAGUGGGACUCUUUGGUACCUUCUUUCAGGUACUAAUCAAACAAUAAAAGGGCUUCCCUUCUUAUAUAAAGAUUUUAAAACUAUUUAUUUUUUUUCCAAACAAAAUAAUCAACGUUGUUUGAUUGAAUUUAGUCACUCUGCUCCUGCAAAGUGUUGCCAGACGAGUAGGAGGUCCAACCUUUGAGUCUAUUUCGUUCAUAGAGACGAGCUGCGGGUCCUCUCACCAAAGACUUUUUUUUUUUAACAUUUUCCAAGCAGACAUUUGCCCUUAUCUGAACCGUCUGAAUGUUGACUACAACCAGCUCCAACAGCGUGAGUCAAGCUAGCGCUGCUCUGUGUGAUUUCUGGAAAAAAUACUCAGGUUGCGAUUCAGAAGUCGCCUUUAAGCAUCAGGACAACGUUGCAUCUUAAUGAAUCAUUACGCUUUCUGUAGAUGACUGGCAGCAAUACUGAAAACCUUACAGAAACACGUCCAAGUCGACGGUUUCAACCUCAACUGUUACACACUUUAUUCACGGUUGCCUUUUAAGUUUCACAAAGUGCAAUUACAGACAGCCUUGGAGUCUUUGCUGGAGGACGUUCGGGUUGUUUUUCUGCUAAGUCACGAUGGUACCUCAGGAGUCUUAACAACGUCCCGUUCUGUUGGUUUACGCAUUUACGGGUUUCUUACUUUGUAAAAUGCAUGUUUUCUAUGAUCCCCUCCAUGUAUAUUGGCACCUCUUGUUAAGAGAUGUAAAAAAAAAAAAACAACAACCUUGAAAUAAACACAUUUUGAUUGAAGCUGCAAAUUCUCACACUGAAAAAAAAAGAAAAAAUACAACCUUUAAUUUGAUUAUAUUUAAUCAGUAUGGAAAAUAAAUCCAGUGGAUUUGCAUGUAACAAAAUCCCAGACACCCCUAACUACUUCCAUAAAUUAAGUGCAA